AUGGAACUCUUGAAUGGAACGCCCCGGAAAGGAUCAACGCUGUGCCGGUGCUCAUUGCUGGUUCUUCUUACCAGUGCACUUGUUUUCUUGCGUUUGUACAUCAACGACUUCACAGCACCAAAAUUCACAGAGUUGGACAAUGCGGCUGCAUUUGUUCCUGAUCCCUUUCCUUCGGUUGACAGAGUCAUGUGCUUAGGCAGAAGUAAACAGCUGAAGGGGUACGAAAAAAUGAUUUAUUUACAUUUUCAGUUAGCAUCAUACAGUAAUCUGUGGCUGAUAAACCUUCGCCUUCUCGUGUUACCGUACGCUCUCUGUUUUGACUACUCGAUGGGAUGUGUACCAGUCGUACAAAACUGGACGGACUUCCGAGCUCUGGCCCUGCCCGCUGUGGUCGCGGUGGUCCUCGGCGGCACAUAUGUUUUAUUCAAAACAAACGACCGGUGA